AUGGCAUGUCUUGCAGUUUUAGACGGCAGCUCGGACUACAGCGUGCGCGUGUGGCGGCUGAGCGGUCAGUACGUGGGCACGCUCGGCAGCUUCGUGCCCUGGUCUCUGGAGACCACGCGCUUCCCGCCCGACGUCCAGAAAGUGGCCAGUUUUACCACUUUCAAGGUGUGGCGCGGGGGCUACGUGUCGCGCUACGUGCCGGGCCGCGUGGCGCCCGACGUGUCCGACGUGACGGCGGCCGAGCUGCGCACGCGCACGUUCGGCGCCGCGCCCGCGCCGCCGCUGCUGGGUCGUCACACCGCGCUGCCGCCGCGCCCCGAGCCGCAGGCCGCGCCGCGCCUCGACGACUCUCUGCCCACAGUUAGCGGCCAUCUCUACUACGAUCACUGA